ACGAAUUCCAUUACACAUGUAACGUUUGUGUCUAUACCACCAUCAUAGCACAAUUUGCUUUCGUAUAAAACACCUGGUCAAUAAUGUUUUCAUGUCUGUGUGUUUAUCCAUCACUGAAUGAAGAGGUUUGAUGACAUUUCAUGUAUUUCUCUGGUGUAUAAAAUGUCUUCUCCACCUCAUAACACAAGAAGAAACUACUAAUUUUCCCUCUUUCAUUUGUCUGCUAAAAAUUAUUCAUUCAGACAGAUAAAUGUACAAGAAAGGUUCAGGUUAGCGAAAGGAAAUAAAGUAUGUACGUCUAUACAUUAGCACAUGUGGGUAUGUAUGCAUCCAUGCCACUUUAUGCACUAUAGCAUACACCUGAUAUGUGAUGAGCUUCGUAAAUAGUACACCCAGCAGCCUAAAUAUUUUGACCAUACAAAAUGUUAGUCCUGACGCAUACUUUCAGUGCAUAUAUAACUUCACAGGUAAGGGUAUUUUAUUCUUCAGUAAAUUCUGUAAUGUGUACAACACUUCAGUCUGGAUUCCAUCUUUUAUGUUGAAGAAAAUUUAGUGAAAAAUCUAUAAAUUCAAAACAUAAUAAACAGGUGGGAUGGAUGUAAUGGCAAUCUGGUUACGAUGGCAUGGAUUUCACAGACUUGGUAAAUUGACCAAUCAGGUUCUUGUUAAGAUGCAAUGUAAAUUUAAAAUUGCUGAUUGGUGGAAAAGUGUACAAUGUGUUUCAUGUUGAAGAAUGGAUUAGUGUUUUUGGCCUUUACUUCCUGAGUCUUAUCACCACUAGUUCUUUUUGAGUCAAAAGUUCAUCUGACGGAAAUAUGGAUAGCUACAGGACAGAAAUAAACAUACCUGUAUCACGAGAUAGCCGUACCUUUGAACAACGUCGAAAGGACAUGCUUAACAAUCUAGAACGUAGUUACAGUAAACACUCAAGAACGGAUAUUCACAAACAUUCAGGAUCAGAGUCAACAGCACCUCUUUCAGACUCAGGUAUAGGCGGGUCACAUCGUCACCUUAGUGAAUGGGAUGAUGAAGUUAAUCGAUGGAUUAGUGAUACGCGCAGUAAAUGGAGUGAAGAUAUGAAAAGAAUGCGGCAAUCCAUGUUCGCUUUGGAGCCUGUUGAUGAUUUUGAUCUUGACCAUUGGGGGAAUUUUGAUUCAAUUAAUUCCCUUGAUAAUCCAUCAGCUAUGAUGGAGCAAAUGGAACGUCGAAUGGAGUCAUUACGACAAAAAAUGGGAACAAUGUCAAAUUUUGGUUCAUCACAUUUUUCUGGUCCUAAUAGUUCAAGUAUGCAAACAUCAAGUUCACGAGUAGUGAAAUCAACAUCGCAUAGUACUGGCAGUGACCCAAAAAAUAUGGUCACUAAGAGCAAUGUUGUCGAAUCUACUCAGCAUACACGAACAGUAGAUGGUGAGACGACAAGUACUUCAAGUCAUUCUGCUUCAUCAUCCAAUAUAGCUGGACUUCCAGAAAGUAAAAGUAAUAUUAUAGGACCACCAGGAACAUUACUUCCACAAACAAGUGCUCUCUGUGGUACAAUGGAUUUUCUAAAAGAUGCCUAUGAAUUAGGUGAUGACGGAAAGGUACACUUUAAAGUACGAUUCGAUGCAAAAGAUUUUGCUCCAGAGGAUAUUGAAGUGACUACAGUUGAUAAUCAUCUACGCGUUCAUGCUAAAAAAUCGAUAAAAUCAGGCAAUUCAACGACUGUACGUGAAUUUCGUCGAUCUGUUGACCUACCAAGAUCAAUUGAUCAUGAACACUUUCAAUGUCAUCUUACAGAGGAUGGUGUGUUGAUAUUAGAUGCUCCAGUUAAAGCGCCUGACUAUCAAACAAUCACAUUUCAAGAUGAUCGUCAACUUGGCAUUCGACCUCGAGCUGAGUCAGAGAUAAAAGCCACACCGAAUAGCAACAAAACACCAGUUUGUUUAACUGUAACCGGUCGUUCUGGGCCAACAAUCAUGAAGGAUGGUAUAAAUGGAAGAAAAUUACACUUAGAAGUGACUAUAGAUCCAAUUUACAAAGCAGAUGAAUUAUGUGUACGUAUGGAUUCAAAUUGUAUUGUUAUAACAGGUUGUCAAAAGAAAACUGAAGCAUCAUCAACUUCUACAGCUGAAUUCACUCAGUCAUAUGAGAUCCCUGAGACAGUGGAUCCAUUCUCUGUCACUGCUCAAUUGAUUGGAACAACACUUGUUGUAGAAGCUCCCUUGUUGUGUACUGUUUAAAAUGAUCACAACAGUACAAAUCUAGUAUGUUCAAUGUUAAAUCAAUUAUGAGUGAGGUAUGAAUGAUGAAUGAAAAACCAAAAAAACUUAUUUGAAAAAAAACUAUUCUUUACACACCAUACAAUAUGUGUAACUUUGUUUCAUUGUGGAUCUGUAGUGUUCUACUGAUUUUACUUACUGUCAUAAUUCAUUGUUACUGUUGGCACCCUAGUUUUCUUUAUCUUGUCUUUACAAUUGUUUAUGAAUCACUAAAUUUACCUGUUCAUUUUGACUUCAAUACUUCCCGCCCCCUAUGAGUUUGUUUUUAUGUUCAAACUCGUUUAUUUACUAAAGAAAGGAGUAUUUUGUUUCCUAUCUUCUCGCCUCUCCUGCCUUUCGUAUUUAUGUCUUUGCUAUUCGUCACUUUGUUGCUUUAUAGAGGGGUGGGGAGUUGGUGGUGAGUGUUAGGAUAAUGGGUAACCUAUUGUCUGUCUGUUGGUUUCAUCAACCGUUUUUCAUCUCUUCAUACAACUACAAUUUUGCAUGCAAUGCUUUUCUUUGUUAUUUUUUUCAGUGUUUUCUUAUGCUAUUAUUUUUUGCAGGCAUCAAGAUCAUCCUUAAUUUAAUGGGGUUGUAUACAGGAUAUGCACAAUUACAGGUUAUUCGUCAGAGGAGAUAAUGACAACCAUGAUGACGACAGUAGUAAUAGUUAACUUCAUAUUUUCACUUGGAUAGUUAUUGAAAGUGCUUGAUUUCAUUUUUCCAGAAACGUUUCAAUGAUCAAACCCUUUUUUUGUUUUCCAUUAAAACUAUCACUUUCAUCUAAAUAAAAGAAUGUUAUUAGU